AGAUCAAGGAUAUUUGGAGCGAAGCUGUGACAGACUGCAAUCUCGCUCUCGCUUCCCAGCUUGUCGAGACAGCUGCUUGGCACGUUUGUCCGCCGCCAGGGCACCAUGGAUCCGUGGGCAUCGCCGAGUCCUUGGGCGGAAGAAGUCUCAGCCGAGAGCAGCGCUGCAGAUGUCCCUUCAGCCUCUGGGCAGGCCGAGCCAGCCUCAACUACCGCUGCAACAUCCUCGUCUCCGAUCAAGCUCAAGCUUGACAACGUGGACCACGAUCCAUGGGCUACGAGCUCCACGAUUGCAGCAGAUGCGCGUAAACCAUCGACCUCUGAACCAGAAGGGAUGAGCACUUCGACCCACGAGAGCUCUCCCGCAGCACACAAGCCUGCAUCGAGUCCAGUUGUCAACAGCAAUGCGUCAUCUGGUGAGACAUGGGUGGAUGAAGGCGCAUCGGCGUGGGGUGGAGCGCCACCUGAGCCAAGAUCCGUCUCCAGCGGCCUCACUGCAUCAGAUGCUACUCUGCCGCAGACUUCACGCCCAGCUUCUCCUGCUCGCUCGGGAUCUGCAUUGGGCGCGGAUGGUACUGGCGGAAGUGUUGCAGCGUCUUGGGAAGCAGGUGCUUCCAUCCCGGACACCGGCGGCUGGGGAGGUGAGAGCGCAGAUCCUUGGGGAGCAGACACCUCUCAGGCGCCAGCGACAUCAUGGCACGCCAACGCGAACAGUGAGGCUAGUCCGAAUCCUUCUCCUGCGCCUUCGCCCAAAAACGAACAGAGCCAUCCUGCUGCCGCCGAACAGACCAGCAAUGAUGUGAAUGAUCAGGAAAGUGUGCGUCAAGAAGCUACUUCCUCCGCCGCUCAGCCCAUCAGCUCGCGAAUGGCUGCCGCCUUUUCCUCCUGGCGACGUCCCAAUAAUUCCAACACGUCAUCGAUCCAGGCAGCAGAACCCAGUGUGACAAUCCCCGCAUCGAAGCAGGCUUCUUCCUCUACUGCCGAUGUGACUGCACCAAGUAACAGUGCUAAACCAGCUGAGCCAGCCAAAGUUGCCCAGCAGUCCCAGGGACCGGGUUGGGCGCACGUCUCGAAGAAGAGCGAGGCGGGAAUCGCUGCUCGAUUCUCCGGACUAUUCAGCGGCACAACCGGCGCUCUCGGGGCGACGCCCAAAGUCGAAAGUGCGGCAGAGGAAGACGAAGAGGCGCAGCACGUCGACAAGCCUUACGAAGAUAGGUCAGUUCCUCCUACUGCCACAGUCGACAUAUUUGGAGACUCGAAGGAUACUCCGGGCACGCAACCCGCACCUGCGACGACUGCUACAGCUGGUAUUGCGAGAUGGCUGAGGUGGGGCCGCAAAGAGGGCAAGCCGCCGCCCGAAGGCAUGACAGCAGACGAUCUCGAAUGGCUCGAGAGCUUACCUCCAGCACCGCAGUCUUCCGUCACUGGCGUCAAGACUGCAGACGGAGCGGAUGAUCUCGAGUCCUGGCUUGGAGAUGCCAUGGCUUCGCGGGCUGCGGCAAGCGCUGCACGUCGGCCUUUGAAUGCGCAGCCCUUGACCAGCGGUAGCACGUUUCGCAUUGAAACGGCUGCUCGCGGUGGUAACGCGCCGCUGAAGUCAAGUCCACACUCGCGAGCGAGUCCUCAGCUAGCACCGCCACCAAGACUCGCCGGACCACCCGCCGCAGCACCGCGCUGGCAGCAGUCCGGGGUGAGAUAUAGCAUCGAUGACAGCGGCGGAGAAGAGGAUGAUUAUCAGCCACCCCGACGGAGCAACAGUCUGGUUGGAAGCACCGCUCGUGGCGCACCUGGAAUGGCUGCGACUCAAUCGGCUGGCAAGCAACGCCAAGUCAAGAGCAGCGCAGGCAGCAAUUCCACCUCUCGCACGGGCGACUCCAAUGAUCUGCUUGGCGAUUUUGAUACUUCUUGGGAAGUGACGGCGCCCUCCGGCAAUUCUCGUCCAGAAGACAAGACCCCAAAUACGCCUGGCAGCGCAGACUUGAGUGGGUCUCUCCUGAGCGAUCGGGAUCGGUCGGCAACAAAGGCAACGAUUGGAAGCGGGCGUGGACGAGGUAGAUAUGCUCAACGCAUCACCGGCUUGGCCGGCAGUCGCAAAUCUGUCAAUGACAGGAGAUACCUUGAUUCUGAUGAGGAGGACUACGAGCCGGAGACGAACGUCGACGCGCAGCAGCGCAAGGUCGGCAGAUACUCGGACGAUCCUAGCGCAAAGGAUGAUGAUAGCUGGGACUGGGCAACGACGAGUUCGCCGCAGCCUCACCUCUGGAAAGACACUCCAGCUUCUCCACCUGCCCCGGCGUUGCCUCCUAAGCUAGCCCAACCCCUCGCAUUCGCACCUGCUUCAGCGAGAAGCAGCCUAGAAGCGUCUGCAGCGUCCUCUCGAUUGGCCACUGCUACCCCGCCUCUGCGGUCAGGUACUCCUCAAUCCACGAUCGCCAGGUCUUCCACCUCGACACCCCCUAUCUUGGCGCCACCACCACCAGCAACGAGCGGCUACGCUACAGCGGGUGGGAGAGUUGGCAGCCUGUUGCCUCCGCCCCCUCCGCCCUCCUCGAGAUCGGCGCAACGGCCAGCGACGAGCCAGCUCGACCUUUCUGGCUUCACAGCAGCUCCUCCUUCAGCCGCGCCCCGUGCUCAGAAUGUUGCUGCGGGUUUUGCCAGUACGCAGCAAGGCCGGGACGCCAGUCAGGAUUCCAAAGCUCCCGGACUGAGCCAGGCGGACUUGAGCUUCUUUGACAGUUUGUAGAUCCUUCUUUG